CCGUGCGGCGGCGGUGCCGUGCGGCGGCGGGGCGCGAUGCGCGCCUGGGGCUGCCGCCGGCCGGGCUCAGCGUAGUCGGCGCUCAGUGCUGCCAUGAAGCAGGGCGCCCUGCCGCCUCGCGACGAACGCGCCGCGCCGAGUGUGUCCUGUCCGCUGCAGCACGCUGCCAGUUGGUACCUCCCUCCGUGCCGAAGCGUAACCGGGGAGGGGGUGGAAAGCGAAGGAAGUUUGGUGUUUAUUCCUUAGGCUUGGGAAAAAGAUCCCCUCUUCUUUCUGCCGCGGAGGGCCGUGAGGCAGAGUGCGGUGGCGGACGAGAGAGGGGCGCCUCUGGAAGCGGAGCUCCCCCGCAGCGGCUGUGUACCUGGGGGUGCUGGAUGCACGCGUUGUGGGGCUCCUCCGAGUGUAGCGGCUGUGGCUCGGCAGAUGUAGAUGCCUGCGAGUCUGCGUGCUUAACCCCUUCCUGGCUCCUCGGAUUUGUACCAUGCUGAAGAUCCUCACUAAAAAGCUGAGGAACCAGAGUUUGAGCGAAAUCCAGCCUUUCCAGCUAAAGAUCUCCUACCCACAAAGUGAUGAGGACAGUGAUGACUCUGAAGGAGAGAACCAGGAACUCGCUCAGAUUGACAGAGAGAGAAGAAGAAAUUGUACCUUGACUCCCUUGGCCACCAACCAGCUCCAGAACCAGGAGAACCAAUGCUGCAAGGUUCGAGCCCUCUUCCGUGCCAGCCUUGACCGCCACAGCUCAGAAGAGGAGCUGGAGCGCAUCAACCGGGAGUUUGCCGCUGAGAAGCGGAAGUGGUCCCAGGUCAGCAGGCUUGCUUGCUGCGGAGACAGCAACAACACCUCCUCCAGCGACGAAGAAGUGAAGAACUUGUGCACAAUGUCCUUCCAGCCUGGGACAGAGCGGGCUGAUGGGCUGCAUGCUAGCCCCAGCCCUGUGCUGUUCAGUGCCUCCCCUCCCAAGAGACUCCAGCCCCUGGUGCGGAGCCCAGCCUCCAGGCCUUUAAUCUUCACAAGUGUUGGGGCAGGCCUUGAGCAAGUUAUGCCCUGUAAGAGACACCGACAAGGAUACAUGGAUAAGGUCAGCAGGCCCAGCCUUGACCUUGAAAAAAUGCAGCAGAAAAUGCUGCUUAAGAAGAGCUGUGGAACGAAGACUAGAGUUAUUAAAAUCCAUAGCAUCACUGGAGGCUGCCCUCCACCCCACUUUGUGUAUGAUCCAUCCACCUUUGCCUUCCGUUCCCUCAGCACCUUGAAGCCACUGAGCCCGAUCGCUCCAGUGGAAGAACCGUCGUGUGCCUACUGAAGGAGUUUCUCCAAAGAACUCAGGAACUAUCAACCAACCACCUGCCUGGCAUGGAAAAGGGGAGGUGGUGAUGCUCAAGGGGAUUGGUGAGAGGAGGAGACAAUGACACAUUUGCAGUAUGACCUCUCUGGCAGCAGAAAGCAUAUGGCUUUGCAGCAGUGCCUGUUUUCAUACCAUUGCCAUAUCUGAAUAGUGGCAAAGGGAGAGAUUUUUGUCUUUCAGGGCAAAACAAACCAGUCAGGUCCACAGACUAACUGGAAGGGCAGCCACCAAGGCAGUGUCCAACCCAGGGAUGGUAGUAGCUGAAGAUAUCCUUGAGGGGUUCAGAGGCUAGCAUGGUUUCCAUAGCAGCAGGGAUAAGUGACCAGGGUGUGAAACCAAGUUCAGUCAGUUUCCUAAGUAUACCUGGGUCUGCAGUGCUUUGCUACAGACCUGAUACUUCUCCCACUCAGAAUUGAACUCAGGAGUGGAGACAGAGGCUGUUCAGUUCUGCCUGCAGUAAGAAGACCCUUGUCUGAGAUUGUGGUAAUGACAUUCACUUCAGGCUCUCUUGAGUGGAAGACCCUGGGAAAGGGAAGUGGGAGGAGAUAACUGGCACACCUAGCUGCAUGUUCCAGCUGGUCUGCUGGCAGCUCAGUCAUACGCAUCUCUUGCCAAUCCCAUCUUAGAGGAUGAGCUUCCCACUUGUAGGUCAGGGGUUAGAGUACAGUUCUGGAGUGGAAGGUCUGUGUUCAGUCAUCAAAAAAAAAGCAGCAACCAUCCUCAGUUCUCAGCAUCGUCAGAGAGAACGUGGAGAUAACUGUGUGCUCUUGGGCCUCGUCUCUGCUGAGCCUGGCUGUGUUCUAGGAUAUGCAGCACUUCUCCAUAGCGUUGUCCCAACGCCCUGCCUCCCUAAUGCAACUCUGAAGUGAACUGGUAUCACCAAACUCAGUCAAAUCUAGUACCUCCAGCAAGCUUUCCACUCUCCUACUGUGCUGCUGGUUGAAUUCAGCUGGACUAUUCCUGUGUCAGUGGAACAGCAUUUCCAGAUGGAGCAUGGAGUGGGAGGAAGAGGUCUCUUUUGUGGCCACCUGUUGGUGGGAGAAACAGGGAGGGAGUUUGUGUUUUGUGCUGCAAGGUAACAGCUAGUGGUAGAACAAGCACUAACCUCUCUUGGUGAGGCAGAGGGUCAAGGCAUUUCCCUUUACUGCUGGUGGAAAGAGCAACACUUGUCUAGGUGUUCUCCAUCUUGAGCUUGUAUCUGGCUGAGUGUGAGGGGGAGCAGGUAAUUUACUUCUUGUUUGGAUCAAGAGGAGCAACUAUGAGUAAGAUAAAUGCAUAUGUAUAUAUAUAUGUCUGCUCCAGUGUUGGAGGUCUUUGGUGCCACCUUUUGGAUGUGACCAAUGGCCAGUCCAGCUGCCACAAGAAGGCCACACAGUGAACCAGCAUUUACUAGUGCUUUCUGUGCUCUUGACAGAGAUCUUUAGGGAAAACCCAAAAGCUGUGUAGGCCUGUAGGCCUGAAUCCUCUAGCCCUAUCCUCUUCCCUCCCUAAUUACCUUUCACUCAGGCAGAGCAGCUGGGCAAGGUGGUGAGAGGACAUUUGUCCUGAUGCUGCCCCAGCUCUGCCAGCUAUUUAGCAUCAGACCAUCACAGCUGGACUCGCCCCCUGCACUAACAUUGCCUCCAGGGGGUCUCUUGUGCUUGCUGGUGAUGUACCUUUUGGUAGAGCAUUGUAGCUCCCUGCAAGAAGUCUCUUCUGAGGGAUGCAGAUUCCUCUUCUAAUUUCUCCUGCCACUGUGGAAGCUCUGCUUAUCUUGUUUUGAUGGCAUAUCUUGGCUUUUUAACUGUUGCCAGAUCAAGGUGACCAGUGCAGGACUGCCUCUUCAGCCCAAAUCCCUGUGCUCAGAAGGGACAGCUGUAGCUUAGUGUCUGUCUGAAGCGACACAUUCCCAGUGCAGAUGGAUGGUGCAGUGCUCCCGUGCCCCGAGGCUCUGCUCAGCAAGAGCUGCUGAAGAGCUUGGCCCCAGAGCUGUUUCAGCCAGCCUGUAGGUGCAGCAGACUGCCUUCCCCUGGGUGGGCAUAGGGAACAUGGAUAGCCUAACCAGUAUUGUUGCCUUCUAGUACUUUUUUGUAACUUCAAUCUUUAUUUUCUUUUUCAAUCAGAAGGAAAAAAAACAAUAAAAAAGCAAGAAUGAAAUAAA